CUUGGUUUUUUAGCAACACAACACAAACAACCUCUCUAUUUCUCUUUUCUUUCCCUCUCUCUCGUUUCAACAUAAUCUACUAAAAAAAUGUGUGAGUUGAGCUUAAAGGGUUUCACAUAUAUGUUUCUCAUUGCAAUUCUUAUUUGGUCUUCAAAUUUUGAAGAGUGCAUUGCAAGAAGAGGAAAGCAUUGGAGGCAAAAUAGAGAAGAGAUAGCUUCUUUGUUGAAGAAGAAAGGAAAGAAUCAUGGCAAUGGACAUAGCCAUAAUGGUGGAGGAUCAAAAUCAAAGUCUCCUCCACCACAAAAAAGCAUUCCUUCACUCUCACCACCACUACCUCCUCCACAAGAAGAAGUUACACCUUCUACUCCUCCACCACAAACUUACAUUGGUGGGUCCUCUACCACCUUUAAUGUGCUAGAUUUUGGAGCUAAAGGAGAUGGAAGAAGUGAUGAUACAAAGGCAUUUGAAGCCACAUGGGGUGCAGCAUGUAAAGUAGAGGCUUCAACCAUGCUCAUUCCAGCAGAUUACACCUUCUAUGUGGGGCCCAUUGUUUUUUCGGGCCCAUACUGUAAACCCAGAAUCAUUUUCCAGGUAGAUGGAACCAUUAUUGCACCAACAAACUCCAAUGCUUGGGGCAGAGGACUAUUACAGUGGUUGGACUUUACAAAACUGGUUGGAUUUACUAUUCAAGGAAAUGGCAUUUUUGAUGGAAGAGGUUCAGUAUGGUGGCAAGACACUCAGUAUAAUGAUCCUUUAGAUGAUGAGGAAAAACUCUUGGUACCUUUAAACAACACAAUUGUGAGCCCACCAAUGCAGAUUGAAAGUUCACUGGGAGGAAAAAUGCCAAGCAUCAAACCAACUGCUAUAAGGUUCUAUGGAAGUAUUAAUCCAACAGUCACAGGCAUAACAAUUCAAAAUAGUCCACAAUGCCAUCUCAAGUUUGACAACUGUAAUGGAGUCUUGGUCCAUGAUGUGACCAUAUCAUCUCCUGGUGAUAGUCCUAACACUGAUGGAAUUCACUUACAGAACUCAAGAGAUGUAUUGAUAUACAAAAGUACUAUGGCUUGCGGAGAUGAUUGUAUUUCUAUACAAACUGGAUGCUCAAAUGUAUACGUACACAAUGUCGACUGUGGACCAGGGCAUGGAAUCAGCAUCGGAGGUCUAGGAAAGGAUAAUACUAGAGCCUGUGUCUCAAACAUCACUGUCAGGGAUGUCAACAUGCAUAACACAAUGAAUGGUGUCAGAAUCAAAACAUGGCAGGGUGGAUCAGGUUCAGUACAAGGAGUACUAUUCUCAAACAUACAAGUUUCACAGGUUCAAGUUCCGAUAAUAAUCGAUCAAUUCUACUGCGAUAAAAGAAACUGCAAAAAUCAAACAGCAGCUGUGGCUCUCACAGGAAUCAACUAUGAAGGUAUAAAGGGAACAUACACAGUUAAGCCGGUUCACUUUGCAUGCAGUGAUAGCUUGCCUUGUAUAGAUGUUUCUUUAACAAGUGUUGAGUUACAACCUGUUCAAGAUAAAUACCAUCUUUAUGAUCCAUUCUGUUGGGAGACAUAUGGUGAACUGAAAACUGCUACUGUUCCACCUAUUGAUUGUCUACAAAUUGGGAAACCACCGAACAAUCGGAUUCAGACAGCUCAUGAUUUAUGUUGAUCAUGGAAUUUUAGCUAGUUAGAUACAUUAUUAUGUAUAUUAUUAUAUAUAAGUCUUGUUUAAUAGGAAAUUUUCUUCAUUAGUGUAUACUGGCCCUGCAAUUAGCAAGAGGUCAAUAAUAGUGUGAUUAUAGGGAGGUUUGUUAGCUAUGGUAUUAUUUAAGUGUGAGGUAUGUUUAUACGAGUGAUAGCAUAUAUAAUGGAAAUAUUGUACUUAAAUUUAAUACAAUUUGGGAUUUGAUUUGAGGUAUCAAAA